UUCUGUCAAAUUUUAGCACCAUUUUUGGCCCACUAAUCAAAAUGUUUGAGUUAUGUGGAUCUGAUUAGUGUUAUUUGAACCACCUGUUGCUGCUGCUAUAAGGAAGUUCACUUGGAACCUGCAGCAACAGACUGAACUCUGGGCUUCUUCAUCAUGUCAGCGGUUAAAUCCCGAGUGUCUCUCCGGACUCUGGUUCUGACCCCGGAGCGCAUCCCGACCUUCAUCAACCCUCUCCGCAGUCCGCUCCUUGCGUACUCGCGCCUCCGCCUCGGCUCUCCGGACCGGACCCGGCUGCUGUCGGACUGCGAUGACGGCGGAUCAUCAGGAGGAAGCCAGCCCAACACCCCCACGAACCCCGGGGCGUCUCAGGGACUCACUCUGCGUUUGCCUUCGCCUUUUCCGGCGCUCGGACGCGCGCGGAGCGCCUCUCCAGACCACGUGGAUCCCAUAACCCGCGCGGCCAUGUCGCUGACCCACAUCCCUAAGGUGACCACGCCUUACGGAUUCACCGGGGUGCUGGUCAAGAGUCCGUGCACCAACCGGCGGGAGUCCCUGUUCCAUCGCCACAAACCGGUGACGGUGACGGUCACGGAGGAGGACGCGCGGGCUCCAGCGACGCCGCGUCCGGCUACACCUGGAAGGUCUGCGGGACCCCUGAAGGCGCUCGGGCUGCAGGUGAUGAACGAGCUGAAGAAACCUGCAGCCAGUCUGAAGGCUUGGAGUUCAUGUCCACGGAAACCUGCGGGUCCUCAAUGAGGCUCUGCAGGACGAAAAUUGAUUUUUAUUUUAGAUGUAUAAUUUUAUUAAACUAAUUAAUUUUUUAAAUUGUUUGGCCAUAGUUCAUUUCCAAUAAAUUUUGACUCAAAUGGGGUAUCAGAAAA